CUAUCGUCACGCACACCUCCGGCUUCCGCUUCCGGUUUGGUCGUCCUGAGGGGAAGCGAAGCAGAGAAGUGAAGCGGCAUUCUCGUCACCCUUGUUUCGCUUUUGAACCGGUUUGGAGGCGGAGAAGAAGGGCUCCCUCUGGCUUCAGGUUUUCAUUGCGAAUUAAGACAGUUUUUUGGAUGAUCGUGUACGGAUUUGCCUCUCUUCCGAGCCAUGGCAUACCAGCUGUAUAGAAACACCACUCUGGGGAACAGCCUUCAGGAAAGCCUGGAUGAGCUCAUACAGUCCCAGCAGAUCACCCCUCAGCUUGCCCUCCAAGUCCUCCUUCAGUUUGACAAAGCUAUCAAUUCUGCGUUGGCACAGCGGGUCAGAAACAGGGUCAAUUUCAGGGGCUCUCUCAACACAUACCGGUUUUGCGACAACGUCUGGACCUUCGUAUUAAAUGAUGUCGAAUUCCGAGAGGUCACCGAGCUGGUGAAAGUGGACAAGGUGAAAAUCGUGGCCUGCGAUGGGAAAAAUACCGGUUCCAACGCUGCCGAGUGACGAGGGAGGCGAGCCUCCGCACCAGCCUUGUUGCCCUUCCUGGAAAACGGCGCUGCCAGAGACUGUGACGAUCACUGUUUUUAAGUAAGCAAAGCAUGAGGGAUCCACGCCGGAACGCCUUGUGGGACUGCCUUGGCGAGAAGGUCUCUUGAGCCCACUUCCUAGGGGCAAAGGAUCUUGCUUUUUUUAAAAGAGGGAAAGAGAGAACGGGGCGGGGGGGGGGGUUGGGAUGAGGACAUAACAAACUCAGUUGUUUUGGGGGUCCAUCCAGGUCAUGUCAAUAAACCUUAUUUAAAACUUUUGAA